AUGUCAUCUACAGAGGCUGAUGUCGUCAUUAUUGGGGGCGGAACCGCAGGUCUCGUUCUGGCUGCGCGUCUCUCUGAGGAUCCCUCGAUUCAGGUUCUCGUUCUCGAAGCAGGCCAGGACCAGAAAGAUGACCCCCGAGUCAGAAUUCCAGCGCUCUGGCCUGGUCUUCUUGGCAGUGAUGCAGACUGGAACUACGUCACACAGCCACAGACAGCCCUGAACGGCAAGCAAAUUCCCCUCCCGCAGGGCCGGCUCAUCGGUGGCUCAAGUGCUAUGAAUGGCCAGGCAUUUAUCGCCAACUCCAAAGCCAAUGUCGACGCUUGGGGCAAAUUGGGAAAUCCCGGAUGGGAUUGGGAGACGCUCAGCCCAUACUACAAGAAGGUGUACACGUUGACAUUGCCAUCAGAGGAGAAGCAGAAGGAUCUUGGGCUGGAAUACGUCGACAAGGCAAACAUUGGUAGUGGGCCUGUCCAGGUGUCCUUCCCAGAUUCGAUCAAAGAUCCAAUUGCCAACGCCUGGGUCAAAUCGCUGAGAGGCUUGGGAUAUCCCAUGGUGAAUGAUCCUUUCUCUGGGAAGACCUUGGGGGGCUAUACAAAUGCUGCGACCAUUGAUCCUGUUUCAAAGACUCGCAGCUAUGCGGGAAGUGCGUACUAUGAGCCUGCUAGAGAACGAUCGAACCUGACUGUCAUCACUGGCGCUUUGGUUGAGAAGGUUCUCCUUGAUUCAGGCUCAGGCGACGGUGUGACCGCGACCGGUGUCCAGUAUAAGAAGGAUGGUGAUUCACAAACCGUUAAGGCACGCAAAGAAGUCAUUCUCUCUUCUGGCGCCUUUAACUCGCCCAAAAUCCUGGAACUCUCGGGUAUUGGCUCCCGUUCUCUCCUUGACAAGCACAAGAUCCCCGUUGUCGUUGAUAACCCCAACGUCGGAGAGAACCUCCAAGACCAUGUCCUGGCAGGCAUCAGUUUCGAGGUCCAAGACUUCAUCAACACUAAAGAUGACCUCAUGCGCCGAGUUCCGGAGGUCAUGGGCGCUGCGAUGAAUGACUACAAGACGCGUCAAUUUGGACCCUUCACCGUUGGAGGCAACUACUCUUCUGCUCUGCUUCCUAUUCCCGAGUUCUCCACUCCUGACACUGGCGCCUCUGAGCUCUCCAGCGUCCUCGACAUGAUCCCAAACUCGGUGAACCCUGCCCAUCCAUUUUCCGCUGAUCUCGCUGCCUUUAUCCGCUCCCUCCUCAGCAACCCCGACGAAGCCACUGGCGGCUACUUCACCUACCCUGCACAGUCCGACUUCAAGGGUUCCGGCACAGGAGAAGAAGUCAUUCGCACUAAGUUCCCUGAAAACUACAUCACAAUUGCUAUCAGCUUGCUACAUCCGCUGUCGUGCGGCAGCAGCCACAUCGCCUCCGCCGACCCGAAGGAUUCUCCCACCAUUGACCCGCGCUUCCUGACCAACCCACUGGACGUUGAGCUCCUGGCGCGACACACUCGCUAUAUUGAAGCGAUUGCUGCCUCACAGCCGCUUGCGUCGAUGCUGAAGCCCGGCGGCAAGCGUACCCCUGGCAUACCCGACGAUUUCCGUAAGGUCCCGCUUGACGAGGUUAAGGACUACGUCAAGUCCGCAGCUAAGAGUACCUUCCACCCCACAAGCACCUGCGCGAUGAUGCCACGGGAGAAGGGCGGAGUGGUGGACUCUAGAUUGAGAGUCUGGGGGGUGAAGGGAUUGCGAGUUGUGGAUGCCAGCGUGAUUCCUAUUGUGACGAGAGGAAAUCCGCAGAGUUCGGUGUAUGCCAUUGCCGAGCGCGCUGCUGAUUUUGUCAAGGAGGAUUUGGCAGCGGCAUAA